AUGGAAGGAAUUGCUGCAGCAUACGCAUUUUUAAAAACGCCACAACCAAAGAAAGUUUCCAAAGAGGCUCAGCUUUUUGUGGAUGAUGAACAAUUUUCUGCACGAAUGUAUUCGAUGGACGUUGUGUUGAUCAUUCCCAAACCGUCGUAUUCAGUGAAUCCAAAAUCUCUUCUUCGAUGUGUUGCUGAUACAAUCAAAAAGUGUCAUGCCAAGAAUAUUACUUUCAAAAGAAUGGUCCCUAUGCCUAAAGCCGAGUAUGAAGAGAAAGAAUAUGAGAUUUCGUUUUCUUGCGAAUUUGCUCUAGCUGGCCAUUCAGAUUUGGACGAUUUAACAAGGUGUCUUGCGACUCUCUACAAGGUGGCUCAUGAGUUUUGUCGUGAAACAGCCUACCUGCUUCAUGAUCAGCCAAAGUUAUCGUUGCCAGCGAUUAUGGAUAUCUGCACAGAAGAAUACAUUGUUCAUCAAAAUAUCCCAAUGAAAUCGAUUAUGGUUGGAAGUCUUGUAAAUCCGGGACUCUUUUUUGUGCGUGGUGACUACUUCACCCAGUUCAAUUGCCCAAGCAACCCAACGAUCCCCUUUCUAAAAGAUAGUAGACAAACCUAUGUUACUGGCCACCAAGAUUACCUCUCCUUUGCCACUUUUGAACAUGAUCGCCGUGAGUUGAAAAUAUGCUUUGGAGUGAAGAUCAAGCCUCAAGAGGAUGGAUUAAAUUUUGCUGGAUUCAUGCUGAAACUCAAAUAUGGCAACAUCGUUUCGAUAAACAUUGAUUGUACGAGUGAUUCGGAGACUUGUGUCUUCUUACAACUAAAACAUCCACCACAGCUGUAUGAAGCAAUUCCUCGACAACGAUCGAAGAAUCGACGAUAUAUGAAUUUGGAUCAAUGUCGAGACUGGGUUCGAGUGUUGUCCUGGCCUGGCUAUGAAAGAUCCCUGGGGUGCUCGAAAGAAACUCUUGGAAAUAGUUCACACGUUGGGUUGACCUUCAGCAACUAUGUCUUUGAUGCAAUGACAGAGAAAAUCUACAUUUCUGAGCCAGGCACCGACAAACAUCCACCCUCAACAUGGUUUUGGAUUGCCGCUCGAAUUGCUGCUCGAUCCAGAGCGCAGAUUUAUUUUUCAGCCAUCAAGCAAAUGCGCCGCAGCCCUCCUGUUAUUCGAAACAUACCGGAUAUUGGGUCAUUUCGAGCAAAUUAUGCAUUACACGCUUUGGUGACGCGAGGAAGUAGAGUCACAGAUCAAUUGUUUGAAUGUCAAGAAACAUCAACCGAAGAUCUAGCUGAAACUCCAUUCUUCCUUGCUGUUCGACGAGCCUUUCAGGAAUGUCCGGAGGCCUGUGAAUCGACUCUGGAAAACCUACUCUCCGGAAUCGACGAACUGCGAGUGAUGGACAUUAUGAGCGCUUUUGAUAAGAUCUACUGUGCUCGGUUCUCGGAAGUAAGAAAUGCUGUCCUCGAAGCAUCGUAUCGAAAUCUUCAUCCAAUGGAUAUUCUUCGCGAUUACAAAGAGAUUCCAAAGAAUUGUGUUUUUGUUCGAAAAGUUAUGGUUUGCCCCCAACGAACACUAUUUAUGUCACCAGAGGUUAUGCUUACUAAUCGAGUUGUUCGAUACUUUGGGGAAGAGUACGCAAUGAGAUGCGUUUUUCGUGACGAUUCUGGAUACACUCUGCAUACGAACGAGUUCUAUAUUGGCAAUAGUUCGAGCUUCCAAGAGAACCCGGAAAUUUUCACUCAAAUGAUCCGAAACACGAUGAUGGAGGGACUCAGGAUUGUCGAUCGAGAAUAUAAGUUUCUCGCUUGGAGUAAUUCACAGAUGCGUGACUAUGGAUGCUACUUGUAUGCUUCAAAAAUUGAUUCUCGUACUGGCAAAAGCUUUUUUACAAUUGAUUCAAUUAGAGCAUGGAUGGGUGACUUCUCGAUGUGCACUAGCGUGCCGAAAAUGAUGAGCCGUAUGGGACAAUGUUUCACACAAGCCCAACCGACCAUAAAGUUGCGACGAGAUGAAUGGGUUGUUGAGGAAGAUAUCGAAGGAGGAAGUGGACAUCCGGAGACGGGAGAAGACUAUUGUUUUUCGGAUGGAGUUGGUCGAAUCGGUAUGGAACACGCGGUGAUGAUUGCAAUUGCUCUUGAGUUGCCUUAUAUUCCAUCAUGCUUUCAAGUUCGCUUUAAAGGCUUCAAGGGUGUUCUGACGAUUGAUCGAGAACUAGACAAAUACGAUGGCCCGAAAGUGAUCUUCCGAAAAAGUCAAGAAAAGUUUCACGACAUACAGGAUGGUGACAGCUUGCUGGAGGUGGUGAAAUACUCAAUGUUCUCUCCUGUCUGCUUGAACCGACCACUUAUUAAUGUCAUCGAUCAAGUCGCUCACAAACAAGGAUCAGUUGUUCACCAACGAGUCUCUCGCACAAUUCAUCAAUAUCUUGAGAGGGAGCUUUCAACACUUACAAAAAUGUUGCUCGAUGAACAUGAAGCUGCGAUUGGGUUGAAUGCUCGACUUCCGCUUGCCAUUGACUUUGCUCGCAUACUACAAUGUGGAUUCAGUCUCACCGAUGAGCCCUUUAUUCGGCGACUUCUCCUUUCGGUCUACAAAUACAACAUCAUUCAACACCUAAGCAAGUCAAAGAUGAAAAUCUUUUUGCCGGUCAAUCUUGGCCGAACGAUGUAUGGAGUAGUUGAUGACUCGGGACUAUUGCAGAAUGGACAAGUGUUCAUUCAAUACUCAACACAUCGCAUUCGAGACAAACUUUUGCGCGGCACCAGCUCGAUGGCUCAGCUGAAGACAAAAAUUCAUAAAGGGUCUGUAUUGGUGUCAAAGAAUCCUUGCCGUGUGGGUGGUGAUGUGCGCAUUUUUGAGGCAGUCUAUCAGCCUGCUCUUGCUCAUCUUGUUGAUGUGAUUGUUUUUCCGAGAUACGGACCUCGACCACAUCCAGACGAAAUGGCCGGAUCUGAUCUUGAUGGCGAUGAAUAUUGUGUGAUAUUUGAUCAAGAAUGCUUCUUUGAGCACAACGAGGAAGCAAUGGUGUUUCCGAAAACGAAAUCUGCACAAAUUAAAGAAAUUCCUACGACUGAGGCUAUGGUUUCAUUUUUCGUGCGCUAUCUUACCCAGGAUUCAAUUGGGCGUCUCUCGAAUGCUCAUUUGACUGCAUCCGAUUACUAUGGACUUUUUGCAGAUGUUUGUGAAUCGAUUGCUAGAAAAUGCUCAAUUGGGGUUGAUUUCCCCAAGUCUGGAGUGCCAGCAGAUAAUUUACAGCUCGAUGAACUGGUGGAUUGCUCUCCCGAUUACAUGGAACACCGAGGAAAGCCUCAAUAUUUGAGCAAAUGGUUGAAUGGUCAACUCUAUCGGAAAGUGAAGAAAAUUGCGGACAUCAUCGAACAAGUUGACUGUUCAAAAUCGCCAUUUGAUGACGACACUGAUGACAUGCUGAUACCAGAGAAAUUGGAUUGUUUUGCGAAUGAACGCAAUCAUGAGGGGCAAAUUAGACAACUCAAGAAAGAAUAUUCAGCACGAAUGCAGGCGCUUCUCGAUGAAUAUGGAAUCGGCGAUGAAGCACAGAUCGUAUCGGGACACAUCCUUUCGUUAAAGCGUUUAACACAGAUGGAACGAGACGACUAUUCUUUCUUUCACACCGAUAAAAUUGUCGAGAUGCGAUAUGCGGCCAUCUUUGAUCAUUUUCGGAAACAAUUCUUUAAGGAGUUUGGUCAAGAAGAAGAUUUUAUUCAAGACAACGGGAAAGGAAAGACGAUUGUUCACUGUAUGGAAGCAAUGGAACGGCGAGCAAUUCAAUGGUAUGCCGUGGCGUAUGAUCGAGAAUGUGGCAGAUCAUUUCUCUCCUUUGGAUGGAUCGUUUGGGAUGUUUUGGCAAGCGCAAAAAGGACUCGGGCUUUUAGCGCUUUAUCUGAGCAUGCACUCCAGCCGAACACUUUUGAACGAUCAAAGAUAUGCGCACUUUUGUCAAAAAAAGCCCGUGAAAUGCGACAAAUGGAUCCGGAUUUUAUGCCUGCUAUGGAGAAGCACGAGUUGGUCAAACGCUAUGCAAGUGCUUAUGGAGAUGGGGUUCUCGACAUGUUUUACAUAUUGCACCGAUGGAUUGAAAAGAAGUCGAUCGAGAAAAAUUGCAAGUUGGGUUUCCGUCAAUUAUCUCGUCUGCUUGUCCAAUAUUGUCAUGGUUCUUUGCAUGGAUCAGGUCAUGAAACCGAUUCGAUGCCCUCAUUCAUUUUCAAGAAAAAGGUGAUGUUUGACACGAAAUUCGAGAAAACAGAUGAGCGUAAAGAAUUGGAAAUACCUGGCGAAAUGUUCAUUAAUUUCAUUCGAUAUAUCGGAUCGAGUGCUUUUGCUAACGUGGAAUUCAUUGAUUUGGAUCUGGAUGAUGGAUCGCCGGGAACGUUUUUCAUAUUUAACCCCGAAGAAUGGACCCAUUUAAGUCAAAUAGCCUAUAAAACAAUUCAUCAUGUGGCGGUGUCGGGGAGAUUCAAUUGGCUGGGAAUCGGUUCGCAAUAUGACACGAAGAGAUUUGGUGAACAAACGCCAAGAGAAGCACGUGAAGUCGAAUCGGAGAGAGCAGAAACACAAGAACCAAUCAUUAUUCGACAGGAAGUGCUUAAUGGCAUCUCUAGCGACGGAUUUGUGGAAGCAAUUCAAAAAUGGUCUGGUUGUGAUGUAAUUCGAAGUCGCAGUGUGCAGAAUCGAUUGUUGGUUUCUGCUGUUGGAUCGGUGGUUGCAAGGCAAAGACUCGUCCGACUUCUUCUCAUGCAUCCACAAGAUUUAAGAGAAGCUAUUCGGGAGGGAUGCCCACCACGUGAUGCUCUUGAUGGUACAUUGGAU